AUGGGCUUUCAAUAACCAACCUGGACCAAAAUCCGAAUAGAUGGGUCAUCGGAUUAUUCACCGGGCUGGCCUGCCCGGAUCUUAUUGAUACAGUUCAAACAGCAUGUACUUCAAAAAAACAAACAAGAAGAAAAAUUACUUGUCAAAUCAGAUCAUCAAAUUUUGAAUCUACAAGCAAUCCAACAAUCAUCACUUCUCUUAGCUCUCAACCCUCACGUACUCCCAAAAUCUCACCAACAAAUGUAACCAGACAAGACAAACCCACAAAUCUCCCUCCCUUUUCUCUCCUUUCCAAGUCCCAAAACACACACAAAGACAAUGGAUUUCUCAGCCCUUCAGUCCAGACCUUCCACAGCAUCCUACUUCCCACUUCACCGAACCCAAUUACACCCACGCAUGCACUCUCUCGCUUCACCCUAUCCUCCACAACAACAAAGCACCAAAUCCCAAAAAGCCCGCAAAUUUUUAAUCCUUCUAGCCACCCUUUUCACCAUCCCUUUCCUUUUUUACCUUUUUUCUACAGCCCAGAAGACCCACCGUUCCUCCAAGUUUGCCAACCCGAAUACCCGUUUUUUUAGUGUUGUUAUUGAUUCGGGGCGGGACGGGUGUAGAGUCCGGGUAUAUCAGUUAUUGGGGGAGGGGAAUGCGGGUCUUAGUAAUGGGCAGUUGCCAUUGAUUACUGGGUCAAUGAAGGUUAGGCCUGGAUUGGGUGGGUUUGUGGAGGAUCCUGAUAGUGCGGGUGGGUUGAUUGAGGGUCUGGUUGAGUUUGCGAAAAAGUGGGUUCCAAGGAGGGAGUGGGGGAAUGCUGGGGUGCAGUUGAUGGUUAGCGGUAAGGAAAUGGUGGGGUUGGAAGGGAAGGUGAAAGAGAGGAUCUUGGAGGUGUGCAGACAUGUUUUGAGGGCAUCCGGGUUCGCGUUUAAGGACGAGUGGGCACGUGUUAUUGAAGAAGAAGAAAGGGGUGUUUACUAUUGGGUUGCUGUGAACUAUGUUCAUGGAAGUUUGGGAAAUGAAGCUGACAAAACCACUGGGAUAGUAGAACUUGAUGGCAAUUCUUUGCAGAUUACAUUUGCCUCAAGAGAAGUAGCACAAGUGCAAUCUUCACGGAGGAUCAAACUGGCUAGAGUUACUUACAACCUUCAGGCACAAAGCUUGCCAAAAUUUGGCGAGGAUGCAGCAUGGGAAUCACUACAUGAGCGACACAGCUCUAGAGAUGUGAGUUCAUCAUCAAUAUAUAGGGAGGGUUUUGUUGGUAACCCUUGCAUUCCCCAAGGAUAUGAUCUGGCAUCCAAUAUAAGUGGCCCAAAACUUCUGAUGUCUCAUGGAACUGGAAACUUUACUGCAUGCAGACUUGAAGUUCGGGCAUUGUUGAAGAGCAGACAAGAGAAAUGCUUGCGUCGACCUUGCAACAUCGACUCCCCUCUUUUCACGAGGCUACAAGGCAAGCCUGUUUCCCAAGACAACUUGUUCUUUGCUUCUGAGUUUUUUGGGCUGGUUCCUAGGGUUUCUUUGUUUGAAUUAGAGGCAGCUGGGAAACACUACUGUGAAGAUGACUGGGAUAAACUGAAAGACCAGCAUCAUGGCAUUGAUGAUUUGGAUUUGUUGAGAUAUUGUUUCUCUUCUGCCUACACAGUGGCACUGCUGCAUGAUAGCCUUGGAAUAUCAAUGAAUGAUAAAAGGAUUGGAUUUGCAAAUCAUACUGGAAGCGUUCCUUUUGACUGGACUCUUGGUGCUUUCAUCUUUCAAUCAAUGCUGGAGCCCCUUGAAUCGGAAAUCAAUAACCCUGAUGAGAUUGUUGGAAAUGAGUCGGUGACGUAUUUCUCAUUAUUUGCUAUUCUUUUAAUAGCUUUGCUGGCUGCAUUUUUUGUAUUGCAAUUGCGAAAACCACAGUUAAAAACAAUUUAUGACCUCGAAAAGGGCCGGUAUAUAGUCACACGCUUGCCCCGAUAAUUUUGUCCCUCACCUGAGUUCCUGUUCAUGCAAGAAUGAUCUGUAAAUUCUGCUCUCUUUCUGGAUUCAAUCAAUCAUUUCUUGAUAUUAA